AGGUGAGUUGUAUAUUUAUAUAAACGUUAUGACUUGGAGUGGAGUACAGGCAAAGGUUGUUGUGCUGCUAUCCCUUUAUCUUGUAUGUUUUGCAAAUUCUCUGUCACGAGAACAGUCUUUCGUCAUUGAAGAAAGUGAUGAAUUAGCGAGAGAGAAAAGACAUGCAUCGUCUUAUCAUGGACCGGAUGAGCCCCAUCACAGUUUGCACGUCACGAGUGUCGUCCAGUCAAGAUUUGCAAGAGUAACGUUUGUGAAUAAAAUAGCGAACACUGAACGCUCCGCAAAAGAAGUUGUUUUUUCAGUAAGGCUUCCAGAAGCAGCCUUCAUCACAGAAUUUGACAUGAUUGUUGGCGGUGUGAAAUUUGUCGGGAAAAUACGAGAGAAGAAAGAAGCAAAAGAGCAGUACGAUCGCGCCGUUGCAAGGGGAAACACUGCGGGUCUGGUUGUUGCGGAUGUCCGGGAGACUCAGACCUUUGAUGUUACUGCCAAUGUGCCUGCUCAAUCAAGUGUGGAAUUUCAUCUUGUUUAUCAGCAACUAUUGAAGCGGAGGCUAGGCCAAUAUGAUCAUACAAUUAUGGUGAACCUGAAAGAGGUCAUUGAUCAUUUUGUGAUUGAUAUAUUCAUAACGGAAAGAUCAGGAAUUACAUCGAUAUCCACUACAUAUCCUGGUGAGGGUAGUGGAGCCAGAGACAAGGGUCUGAGAGGACGAGAUUCAGACGAUAAACUACGAGUCAAUACUGAUGUUAGAAGAAGCAAAUACCAGGCUAAAGUCACAUUCAAGCCAACACCAACCGAAAUGCGUCGUCUAAUAACUUUACCUGAAGACGAACAAAAAUUCACCGUAAAUUAUGACGUAACGCGAGAAGAUUUAGGUGGAGAAAUUCAAACAAGAAACGGAUACUUUGUCCAUUUCUUUGCGCCAGAAGAUCUUCCAGUUUUACCCAAGAAAGUUGUUUUUGUGAUUGAUAGAAGUGGAUCGAUGUCCGGGAGGAAAAUCUCGCAAACCAAAGAGGCAUUUAUAUCCGUCAUAAAAGAACUCAGAGACUCCGACCAAUUCAACAUCGUAUCAUUCGCGAGCAGCCGACCAACAAUAUGGUCGGACACCGAGGCCGGUUUAGUUGACGUAACUAAAGCAAAUCUUAAUGACGCCAUUGCACACGUAAACGGUAUUCGUGCUGCAGGAGGGACCGAUAUCAACAGUGCCUUAAUAGCAGCUUCUAAAUUACUCUCUGGAGUAACGAUGGAUGACAAAGUUUCAGCCAUGAUAAUUCUUUUAACUGAUGGUAAACCGACGUCGGGAAUUACAAGAACAUCUAGCAUCCGAAAAAAUAUAAAAGAAAAAAUUGAAGGACGAUUUUCUCUGUUUUGUCUUGGAUUUGGCGAUGAUUUGGAUCAUGACUUUUUAAAACGAAUGGCAAAUGAAAACGACGGAAUAGCCAGAAAAAUUUAUGAAGAUUCCGACGCCGACUUACAAUUGGAAGGAUUUUUUCAAGAAGUUGCGACACCACUUUUGCUCAAUGUCAAAAUGACUUAUUUAGGUGUGAACUUGGCAAACAUCAGUCAAACAGAUUUUAGCAAAUUCUUCAGAGGAUCUGAAGUUGUUGUUGUUGGAGCAAUAGCUCCCGGUGGCGGUGACAAAACGAAAGUUGUUGAAUCAACGAUCAAAGGAACAUCUAAGGAUGGUGAAGUAGAAUAUAAUGUAAAAAGCAAAGAAUUAGAUAAAACAUUUCAACACUGGCACAAAGAAACUGGCGCAUUUGAAGAUUUUAUAGAACGUUUAUGGGCGUAUUUCACAAUACGCGAUCUUUUGGAAAAAAUAACUUUAUCAUCAAGUCGAAGAGAAGUUUAUCAAAUAACAAGUGAAGCACUACGAUUAGCUCUGAAAUACAGUUUCGUGACUCCUCUCACAUCGAUGGUGGUUACAUUACCUGAAGAUGAAAUAACAACAACCCCUGCUAGGCCCACAAUAAUUCCAACAAUACCUCCGUGUUAUCUUCGAAGUGACAUCAUUCCUCGAGGACACCUGCUUCUACGACCUCCUAUAUGGUGCCCCUAUAUCUUGUCAGCGGCAAGAGAUAGCAGCUCGUCAGAUAGUGGAAGGGACUCUUCCUCUACCAAAACCCUUUCCGGAAGAAUCAUAGGAAGCUCUUCAGGUGGAUCUUCUGUGCAGCGCAUAAUUGGGGGUGGGUCAUCAAGUAGAACUGGUUCGAUACCACGCUCAGGUAUUUCAGGAGGUUCCGGUUGGAAAAGACUUUUACCAGGGUUUACUCCUCCACUUCCUCCACGUGAUCCUCCUCCACCUCCCCCACGUGAGUUAGACAUAAAAAUCUGGGAUAAAUGUAGUGGAAAACUCGACGACGAAAGCGGCACAAUACAACUCCCGCAUGAGAUUAGAAAGAAUCCAUACCAAUGUGAAUGGAAGAUUGAACUGACAGAAAAUAGUUGGAUGGACAUAAAAGCGGAGACUCUUAACACUACUCAAAACAAAGUGAUCGUCACAAGCCAGGGCAAAACUAUUUUGGAACACAAAGGUGGAAUCUCCCAGUUGAAAUCCGUGUCGAUACAGCAUAACACAGCGACUGUUCUGUUGACGGUUUAUCCGAAAGAUGAUCGAUGGCCAGGAAUUGUGAUUUCUUACAAUCAAUUCAAGCCGGAUAGUCCGUUGCAACCAAUUGCUACACCGAAGGAUUCUGAAUUUGCUUUGAAUCAAUCUAUGAAGAAUUGUGGUGAUGAUAUUUCAUCUUCUAAUAGCAAAGAAGGCAUCAUCACAUCUCCUCAGUAUCCAAAAAUGUAUCCAGACAACGCAUAUUGCAUGUGGAAUUUUGCCAACACAGAUUCGAGUCACAAAUUGCGUUUAACCAUCAUUGAUAUGGAUAUAGAAAUGGGACCAGGAGAUCAAUGCAAUCACGAUAAAUUAGUUAUCAAAAAUGGGAAGAAUGUGCAACAAAUCUGUGGAUACAAUCUACCAGAUGGAAUAACGACAUCGGAGAAGAAGAUAUCGAUUGCAUUUUUGAGUGAUGAUAGUUUGGGAGCUGGUGGUUUCAAAAUGCGAUACCGAUUUGUUCCUAAGUAACAGUUUCUCUUUAUCAUUUUGUCGCUUCUACAAAUAAUCAGUAAAGUUAUUGUUUAUGUUUUAUGUUUUAAACAGCUAUCAGUUAGAUUCUAAAGUUUUCACAAAUGAU